AUGAAGGAGGCAUGUGCUGCUUCCAUUGACGCAGUUACAACAUGUACUCCAUCUGACGACGAACAAGGACACAACGCUGUUAACAUUGCAAGACGCUCCAUGUCCAUAUUCAGCAGGAGAGGUACCAUGACUCCCGAGCCGCCGGCUUUUGCUCCCUUGGAAUCCGUCGCCACUCCCAAGCAAAUGAGCGAGAAACAGCGGAACUGGCUGUUACGAAAGAGCGGCAGCCGUGACGGCCCGAUAUCAUUGAAGAAUGCGCGGCUCAAGUCUCGUCGAGGGACGGUCCUCCGCGCUGUCCCUCCUGCAAACGUCACACGAUUGAGUGCUCUGGAGGAAGAGAUGGCUCACAGUCCCAAUGAAGAAAUACUGUCAGCGAUUGGUGAGCACCCUCCGACUGGGCGUCCUCCGGUCAGCCCUUCCUUCUCUCAAUCAACAACGUCUCAAGAAAAGCCCGGGCAUAUUCCCCUUUCCAAACGCAGCAGUCGUCGGGAUGCAAGUUCAAGAAUCGGCGUUUGGGUCGAUGGCGUAGUUUACUGGAACGAGGCCGAGACUGCUACACCAAAGCCGAUUCCUGACCCGAAACAUCUCAGCCAUGUUCAGUGCAAUAUUGCUAGGAAACCGACCAUCAGGCGAAAGCCAUUACUCUCGGUCGUCAUUCCAAAUGGUGGGCUGGGGCCUUCUGAUCGCAAAAUCCAUCAGCCUCAGCCGCGUCGUCCGCAAUCAAAGGUGAUACCUCCUUUGGACCGUCCACGCGCACCGCUGAGGCAAUGGAGCCCAGAUCAGUGUUUUAAAGCAUCAAGUUGGGAUUCGCAGUCCAGAGGUACACUAUUUGGCGAGGUCACAGUCCCUAAAGUCGGAAAGCCUACCUCGGUCCGUCAAGAUGCUGAACCACAAGUAUCCCGAUCUUCCACGUCCAGCAGCUCUAUCGGAGAGAACACCUCAACCUAUAGCAAUCGAAGCUCGGCAACGAGCAUUGAAGGACUCGUCAACACCGAUGCGAAAUAUGUGUGUAAGCUCGAUGGCAAACUCGACAUAAGCCGUGGCUUUCCAACUGGGCUUCAAUCUUGUCACACGCCACCUGUGCCAAAUCGAGCACCACCUGAUCCGCCAGCCUUGCAAGAUCGGCCAGUGCAGUCGACUGGCAAUACAGCACCUACAAUAAGACUGUUGCAUCCUCACGAUACAUUCAGCAGCUCACUGCACACGCACAAAGUUGACGAGGCAAGCCCAACCUGGAGCCAGGCAGAGGAGGACCUUCAGCAUGAACUUUGCGCCACGGCUGGGGAACACGAUAAUGUCGAAGCCCCUACGAAUACCAUGGCUUUUCAGGGUCUCAUUCGCCGCAGUGGGAGUGUUCGCGAGGUCAUGGAGCCUCCAUGUCGCGCACCGACAAUCCCCAAACGGUCUCGCAAGCGAGACUGGACAACGCAUAUUUCCUAUCCUGCAUCGGAAUUGCAAAGGCGACAAAGUGAAUCACAGCAAAAGGGAUCAGGUUUGAGUCAAAAUGUCGGCGUUUUGCGGAAAAGUGUCAGCGUGUCUUGCUGUGCCAACCCUAUCAGCGCGACAAGGCAAUCGAUGCCAUCUCCCCCUGGGCGAUCUACUAAACGGCUACUUCCGAAUUGUGUUGCCGUCGGCAAUGGCAAUGAUCUGAAGAGUUCUCGACGAGAAGCGAUUGCAGCAGCAAUGACAUCUACAGUGACAUCCGAAGACGUAUUGCUACACAUUCUCUCUCGGCUCCAUUCUCCGCAAGAUCUGUUCCACACCGCCAUUAUUAACAAGGGCAUGUAUAGGGUCUUCCAAGAAAACCAGAUACACCUACUCCGCACAGUCGUCUUUAAUGAAUCUCCAGCCUCCUGGGAGCUGCGCGAAUGGACUGCACCAGAUGGAGACGAACCCACAUCCAGCAGUACUCUUUCACGUAUGGAGCAUUCGGCCCUCUCCUAUAUGCGGUGCUACCGCCGCGAUACUGUUGUGGUCCAACGCUUGAGCCGUCUCGUCUUCGAGACGUGCCAGGGAUUUCUUCGCCGCGAGACCGUAGUUGCUCUAUCUACGCCGAGCCAUCCAGACGCCCCUCGCUUCAACGACGCCUUCUGGAGGAUAUGGACAUUUUGCCAGAUUUUCGGCGGCGCAAGGAACCGCGAGGACGAUAUUACCGGCCAAAUGGAUUGGCUUAAGGGUGGUGUCCUUGCAAAUAACGAGGACUGUAUUGCCUCGACCGAGCCAAACAUGGAAUUCGACCUGAGGAGCGUCCUCAUCUCGGCACCUCCAUAUUUUGCAGAGAGUAACAGGGGAGGACUCAGUGCGAGUCAGCUUUUCGACAUGACUGAGAUCUGGACAUGUAUGACCGCUCUGCUUCARGGCUAUCAUGGAUGUGUCCGGCAGGCAAGAUACUACGGUGUUUUCGACCGGUGCGAGGUACCCGAGGGCGAUAUCAAGGACGAGGAAACAAUGCUUGAGGAAUGGACUACAUAUCUGAUGACUCUCGGUCCGAGGGUCGUGCUUGAAAUGGCCCAGGUCUACCCAGCGGCUGGCUUCGCCUUGGCAAGGGAGAACGGCUGGACUCGAUGGACGCCACCUAUACAUAACGGAAGCCGCGCCAGCUUCCUGAAAGAACCUGUUGCCAAGAGCUACGAAGAGCAAAUCAUUGUGGCCACACAGCAACAGCAAGACCCACGAGAGCAGGUCAGAAAAGAUGCCAAUCGAAGACGCGUGGCUACUCUGGCGGCUGAGAUUCGCGUUCGACGGCAAAGCAGUGCCUACAAGCGCUCACCUUUGAUCGAUAUGAAGAACGAACGUGCUAUGAGUGUGAUCUCGCGUAGAGAUAGCGUGUCGCCCACCAGGGCCUAUCAUUCUCGUGAGGCUAGCCAACGCACCUCUGCUGCGUCGAGACCGGUGUUGGCCAACCCACGGUCGACGGAAAACACAAGCGAGCGUGCUAUACAGCAACUUGUKACGAUGGGAUUCGAGCGAGAUUUGGCGGUGGACGCGCUUCGCAUAACGGAUAGGGGGGAUGGUUUGCGUCCGGACAGGGCCAUUGAUUUGUUGCUGAGGCAGCAGGAGGAGUAA